GAAACCGUUAUCACUCGCGUAUGUCGCCACCGACUUAAGUCUUUGCCUAACCUUCUUGCUCCGUUCGUUGCCUUCUGGGCCCAGUCGCCGCCCCUUCCCUGGUCUGCCAGGCCAGCCCCAGCACCGCCCUCCUGGCCGGCUGCCCCACGGCAUCCCGCUCCCUUUACCCCCGAGGCGCCGCUCUCUUCCAGCCUUUGUUUCUCCCGCGCCGCCGCCUUCCGCGCCGUCCUUUGCAACGCCGUCCACACUUUUCUACGCUGACCCAUCCUUCUCUUUCGGGGCGCCCCUUUUUUUUAAUCGGGGGACUUCUCGCGGUGGUGCUGGGGGGGGGAAAGACGACUCCUCCGGCGCUUCCCGCCCCUCCUGCAGCCUCCUCCCCACCUCUUUAGCUUAGACGGGCGGGCAGACUCACCGUUCUUCAGCUCGUGCCUGACGAAAUAAUAUUCUCAUAAAAGAAGAAAAGAAUUAAUACUCAUACAGAAUAUGAAGUUGGGAAUUGAUCUCUGAAAAGCCAAAGUGAAGGUAAACAUAUGAAACAGUUCAUAAGCAAACUGAGAUGAAAUGGUUUUUCUGGCUGGUUUGAAAGGUCUUCUUCCUUGUGCUGUCAGAAAUCUGAUUCGAUCAAAUAAACUCAACAUUAGCAAUACCUCCGGAAUGGCAGAAGGUAAAUAUAAAGGAUUUGUACAGGCAAAUGUUAUCAUUAUGCAUAAAUCUUUUGCUAAUGACUUUGAAAAAUUUUGUCAAGCAAACGAUGGGCCACUUCCCUUACUGUAUAGAAGUAAGCCAGGGGAAUGGAAAUGUCCUUUCCUGAGCAACAGUUCUGAUAUAAGAAGUGACUGCUUGCAAUAUAAGAAAUAUGAGCACGGAAUAUCUACAGGAAUUGUGACAAAUCUGAAAGAAUAUUCAGAACAGUUUAAAGACAUGGUGACCUUUUAUCUAGGCUGUAGUUUUACAUUUGAAAAGGCACUCCAGAAAGCUGGCAUUCCUGUAAGAAAUGUGGAACAGAAAUGUAAUGUAAGCAUGUACAAGACUGCUGUUCCUUGCUGUGAUACUGAAUGUUUUCACUGUAAUCUAAUAGUAACUAUGAGAUAUAUACCUAAAGAUAAACUGAAGGAGUGUGUGCAAAUCACCCAUCCAAUGAAAAAAUCACAUGGAGCACCAGUUCACAUUGGCUCUCCUGAUUCGUUAGGAAUUAAAGAUCUCUCCAGUCCAGAAUAUGGUGAUGCAGUACAAGCUCAUCCUGGAGAUGUACCAGUCUUUUGGGCCUGUGGAGUAACAGGAAUAGAAGCUGUCAUUAAUUGCAAAGCUCCACUGGCUUUUACCCAUUCACCUGGUUGCAUGUUUAUCACUGAUUUGGAAAUAGAAGAUGAUGCAUCUGGUAAUGAUAAGGAUCUCCCUGAAGUCUACUGCAUUUCUCAGGAUCCUUUGCAUUAUAGUAUUGCUUCAACAGCAGCUGUAAAGAAAAUUAGAGGCUUAGAAAAUAUAAUAGCGAUAGAUCCAGGGAACAGAGGUGUGAAACAUCUGUUUUCUCAGGAUGAACUUCUGAAGGCAUGCCUGUCUAUUUCCCAUGCGAAAUCAGUGUUGAUUACUACAGGAUUUCCCACCCAUUUCAAUUAUGAACCACCUGAAGAAAACGAUGGGCCGCCUGGAGCCAUUGCAAUGGCAGCAAUCUUGAAAGCCAUGGAAAAAAAUGUAGUUAUAGUAACUGAUCAAAGAGCUCUCGAUUUAAAUAGAAAGAUUAUCAAGGAAUCUGUUGAGCAAGAAAUACUGCAAACAUCUGUUCCUGUAAUCAGCUACCAAAGCAAUUCUCCAGAUUCAGCUCUGCAGUUCUUAUGUGAAGAUGGGAAUCCAGAAAAACCGAGAUUUAAUCAUUUGAUAGCAAUAGAACGUGCUGGGAUGGCUGCUGAUGGUAAUUACUAUAAUGCAAGGAAAGUUAAUAUUAAACAUUUAGUAGAUCCCAUUGAUGAACUCUUUAUAGCUGCACAAACUUUGCCAGGAAUUACUACUACAGGUAUUGGAGAUGGAGGAAAUGAAUUAGGAAUGGGAAAAGUAAAAGAAGCCACAAAGAAGCACAUUAAAAAUGGAGAUGUCAUAGCUUGUGAUGUGGAAGCUGAUUUUGCAGUUGUUGCAGGUGUUGCCAAUUGGGGAGGCUAUGCAGUUGCUUGUGGACUAUAUAUCCUCAAGACAUGUGAAAUACAUGACCGCUAUCUGAGGAAAGCUGUUGGAUAUCCCAGGUUUUCCAAGUAUAAGAACUGGGCAUCAGCAUUGCCUUCCGUGGCUAAGGAAGAAAACAUGCUGAAGAUAUUACAACGGCAUCACGUUCGCAGUGGAAUAACUGCAAGUUUGGCAAUGGAAGUGGAUGCUCUGCCGUUCUUUAACAUUCAUUCAAAUUUAAUAGAGAGGCUGCGGGAGGAAACUUUCAAAUAAUAUUCCAUCUCUAACAAUAUGAUAUAUUAAACAUAUUUAGUCCAGAAUAUAUAUUACCACUACAUUCCCUGAUCAGAUAUCUGCCACAAUUUAUUAUUCCAAGUAGUAUUAGGUAGAAGAAUGUGUGAUUGUACAGUAAAUUUCUAGAAUAAUGUCAAAGCAGAAUUAAUAGAUUUUUCUAUUAAAAGACAGAAUGAUAUCUUUUUUCAAUUAUCUGACUAAAAAGUAUCAACAAUAAAUUAAUCGAGAAUGCAUUUUCUUAGAUUUAAACAAGAUUCAUCUGUGCCUCAUUUGCCAGAUGCCCUGUUAAAACUGUAAUUCAGGCAGUAGCCAUUUAAUUUGAUUGCAAGAGUAAGUCAACUCUAUUUUUCUCUGAAUUUCACCUCAGAGAAUUUUCCAAAGGAAAGUUUCAGACACUAUAAAAUAAUAGGAAUAGAAGGGACACUUAGGCUAUUGAGUUCAACUCUUCACUAAGGGCAAGCAUCCAAGUUAAAAUCCACAAAACUCUAUCUAGCUUUUCUUGAAUACUUUAGUAGGCAAUUGGUUGCACUGUCAAACUGCUCUUCUUAGGAGGAGAUUCUCAACUUUGAACCAGAGUCUGCCUUCCACUAACUUGAGUUAUUACAUGUCUUGUCCUCUAGAAUAAUAAAGAAUGAGUUGUGGCCUUCUCUAUGAUAUUACUCUGUGAAUCCCUUCCAGUAUGAAGAGAGAGGUAGUAUAUUCCCACUCAAUUGCCUUUUCUUUCUGAAUAAAUGUAUUCAGUUCUUUCUAUUCACUGCUCAUAGAAUAUAAUUUCUAGUUCAACAGUUAAACUUGCUGUCCUUUUCUUGGAGUGUUUGAAUCCUUGUUAAAGGCCAUGCCCAUGAUAGAAAUAUAAAACACUAUACAGCAAGAGUCUGCCAGCAAAAAUAACUGCCACCAUUAAAUGUGGUUGUUUUAAUCUUUUCUGCCCUUAUACAGGUAGUCCUUGACUUAUGACACAAUUGUGACCAGAAUUUCCAUAGCUAAGCAAAGUGGUUGUUAAGUGAGUUGUGCCCAAUUUUAUGACUUUUUGCCUCAGUUAAGCCAAUCACUGCUGUUUUUAAGUGAAUCACAUGGUUAUUAAGUAACUCCAGCUUCCCCAUUUAUUUUACUUGUCACAAGUCAGUUGUGUAGCUCGCAAAUGACAGUCACAUGACCACAGGACCUGUGGUCAUGUUACCGCCAAUACAUUCUGGUUGCCAACCAUUGGAAUUUCGAUCACGUGACUGUGGGGAUGCUGCAGUGGUUGUAAAUGCAAGGCCUGAUCAGAAGUCACCUUUUUCAAUCCUCUUGUAUCUUUGAACAAUUGCUAAAUAAAUGGUUAUAAUUUGAG